ACAGCACAGCGUUGGCUAGCUCUCUCUCUCCCACACAGACAGCACAGCAUUGGCUAGCUCUCUCUCCCCCACACAGACACAGAAGCCAGCGAGUGUCUGACAACCAAAGCAAACACCUUAUUAACGUGACGAGAGGGAGACUCAGGGAGACACGACUGACUGUCUACUCUCAGGGAGAGGAGGAAGCAGGGGACACUUGACUUACCAACACCCUGAUCCAGAACACCUGGAGGGAGAAAAUCGUUCCCUCUGCAUACACUGAGGAACACACAACAACAACUACAAGCCUGAGAAGAAGAAGAGAGACCAGCACCAAGGUCUUUCUCUUUCCCUUUCUCUCUUUCUACCUCUCUCUCUCCUGCUGUGGAGCUUAUCUCUCCAGUCCCUCAAGGUGCUCUGCUGACCGGAUUGACUGAUCUGCUGUCAUCAUGUCAGAUGGAGAGGAGUGUCUCUCUCCCAUCGGUCUGGACUGCUGCUCCUGCUGCCUGGACCUGGCUAGCUGUGACGACCCAGCUGGAGGUGGGGGCCAAGGCAGAGGCAACAGCACCCCUCUGAUGGGCAGCCCCACGUCGCUCAGCCACUUCCGCCAGUUCCGUGAGCAGCUGACGUUCCAGAACCAGAACGUGAACACAGACAAGCUGAACAGCAUGAUGAGGCUGGACUCUCUGGAGUCUGUGGUCAGAGACCCCUGUUACCUGCUCAACGAGGGCAUCUGCAACAGCAACAUCGACCAGACCACGCUGUCCAUCCUGCUGUUCUUCCACAGUGCCUCGGGUGCUAGCGUUGUUGCCAUUGACAACAAGAUAGAACAGGCAAUGGAUCUGGUGAAGAACCACCUGAUGUAUGCAGUCAGGGAGGAAGUAGAGAUCCUCAAGGAGCAGAUCAGAGAGCUGGCUGAGAAGAACAACCAGCUAGAACGUGAGAACAGCCUUCUGAAGAACCUGGCCAGUCCAGAACAGAUGGAGAGCUUCCGCGAACGGGUCCCGUCCGACUCGGACGCUCUGGUCCCCCUGCGGCUGGACAACCAGUACCAGCAGCAGGUCCAGCAGCAGGCCCAGAUGGGACUCCAUAACCCUGACCAGUCCUGCCACAUCAGCGCUGGCUCUGCUGUAUAGGUGGCUCGGCCUUGGACCUCCAAUUGUAAACUGAUCAUCGCCGCCAACUUCAGUGAAGCUGUCUGUAACAGAUGAUGAAACACACAAUUGAUGAAAAGCACACGAAAAGACGCUCUAACUAGCGGCUAUAGGCUGAAGCUAUACGCUAAGAUAAGCCCGUCCUACGACAUCUAGACUCUUUCUCUUUAGACAAAAGCGCUAAACGAGAGGGCUCACAUGUAGCCAGCCGGAGAACGCUUGCAUUGGGACAGAGGUGAGGCUCCUGCCUUCUGGGGCCAGGAGGGCCAACCCUUCAGCCAUUCUCUACCACCCCUGCUACAGAGGGGGGAGAGGGCUAAGAGACGGGGCUGGCCCGGGGAUCUGAUCCUGGGGAUGCCUCUCCAUACCUCUCCUGGUCCAGCCAAGGAAAAAGGAAAUCUUUUCUCAAGACAGAUGGCCCUCCAGUCUCCACUAGAUUCCCCCCCCCCAUUUAACUAGGCAAGUCAGUUAAGAACAAAUUCUUAUUUACAAUGACGGCCUAUUGGGGAACAGUGGGUUCGCUCCCUUGCUCAGGAGCAGAACAACAGAUUUUUUACCUUGUCAGCUCGGGGAUUUGAUCCAGCAACCUCCCAUUUACUGGCCUAACGCUCUAACACUAGGCUACCUGCUACCUGAAAUCCGUGUAGAGUUCUUCUAACUGCUGAUAGUACAAGCUCUGAGUAGUUAGAAAAUAUCUCAACCAUCUUGUGACUGUUUCCACCUGACACCAUCUACUGAUACUCUCUGUCAAUAUUCUUUAAGAAGAAGCAACGUGUCUUUAGGAAACCAAACCGGAGCUCCAGUUGAACGAGUAGAGGAGAAGGAGGAUCUAGGAGAUCCAGGACUGUUGCUGGGAGAUAGAGUCUUGUUGCUUCUCUUUCUCAACCUCUCUGGUGAUAGGAGAUGCUGGACUGUUGCUGGGACAGAGAGGCCUGUUGCUUCUCUAUCUCAACCUCGCUGGUGAUAGGAGAUGCUGGACUGUUGCUGGGACAGAGAGGCCUGUUGCUUCUCUUUCUCAACCUCAAUAACUGAUUACCAUAAUCAUGAUUCAGAACAUCAUUACUUGUAUUCUUUGCAGUUGGGGUGUGCUGCUUUUUGGGGAAAAUCCUGCUAUUACACAUUUGUUUUGUGAUUCUGAACAAAAUGGAAUAGUUGUUAAUAAGAGCAUUGUAACUGUUCAGUUAAAUGAUUUAUUAUGGGGAAGGAAGUACCUACUACCCAGUAUGCCUUGCUCUGUACAUUUUACUAACAUGUUCAGAGUAGUGGGCUGGAGAUGAAUUUGAGCAGCUGAUUUUUUUUCUCUAAAGGCUGUGAAUGCGACCCUGACCUAGCAGACAUGUUCUGUGUGUUCAGAUGCCAACCUCAACUUGAAUCAAUGGCAUGACUCUAGUGCCUGUCUCCAGAAGAGGAAUAACCCAGUUCCACAAUGGACAUUUGUGUUUUCUAACUACCAAAGACUUUGUCUCAUUACUACUCCAAACGAAACCAAGCAACCUGGACCAUGUGUACAUCGUUCACAGAGAGAACUCUUGUUAGCGUGUGUUUUUGUUUUGAUAAACAUUGGUUAUUGUUGCUGUAUUGUGUCCAUGAAACAGGUAUUUGUAAUGAUGGAUGCAAAAUGUCCAUUUGCAAUAAACCUUCUGUUUACACUAAACGCCA